AGCCAUGGCGGCCGCCCGGCUGUGGCGGCUGAGGAGGGCCCUGGCCGCGGCCUGCAGCACCGGCGCGGCGGCGGGAGGCGGGCGGCCGCCCCCGGCGGGGAAGCUGACAGUCCGGCGGCAGGCGGAGGGCGUCCGAACCAUUAUCCUCAACAACCCGAGGAAGAGGAACGCCCUCUCCCUCUCCAUGCUCCAGUCCCUCAGGGACGACCUGCUGCACGACGUCAAAAGCAAAGACCUCCGAGUUAUCAUCAUUUCAGCUGAAGGACCUGUAUUUUGUUCUGGCCAUGAUUUAAAGGAACUGUCAAGUGAAGAUGAUGUGAAGCAUCAUUCAGAAGUAUUUGAAAUAUGUGCAGAGGUUAUGACUUUAAUCCAGAAACUUCCAGUACCAGUGAUUGCCAAAGUAAAUGGCUUGGCUACAGCAGCCGGCUGUCAGCUUGUGGCAAGCUGUGACAUUGCAGUGGCGAGUGAGAAAUCUCAGUUUGCUACUCCUGGAGUAAACAUUGGGCUGUUUUGCUCCACACCAGCUGUGGCCUUGGGCAGAUCUCUUCCAAGAAAGGUGGCAUUAGAGAUGCUUUUCACAGGUGAACCUCUUUCUGCCCAAGAAGCUUUAAUGCAUGGGCUUGUCAGCAAGGUGGUACCAGAAGACAAGCUGGAAGAAGAGACCAUGAAAAUCUCUCGCAAGAUAUGUGAAAGCAGCAAAUCUGUCCUGGCACUGGGGAAAGCCACCUUCUACAGGCAGAUGGCGCAGGACCUUGAUGCUGCUUACAAAAUGACUACUCAGGUCAUGGUAGACAAUUUGACUUUGAGAGAUGGGCAGGAAGGUAUUGAAGCCUUUAUUCAGAAACGUAAGCCUGUCUGGUCACACUCUCAGGAUGAGAAGAAAUGA